AUGCGCAGUACGUAGCUGACAUCUAAUACGUCAUUUCAUGCGUCCUAUGGUACUGGUAUGGUCUGUGGAACACGCUAGUGCCAAUAAUAAAUUACUGUGUACUGGCUGCUGAGUUAAAAUUAUUUUGCCUGACCGACGUUUAGUAACUUACGUUAGUAGUUCGCGUGUCGCCUAGCGAAUUGUUGGGUAUUGUCUAAGUUAUUAUGGCGAAGAUAGGGGCAAUCAUUGUCGACCACGUGGAAAUCGAUCGUUACAAGGAGGUCGUAGGAAAACGAAUGCGACUUGCCCAUUGUAUCGGAUUUUGAGUAGUCAAUUUAGACGCCUAUUCUCUCAUCAGUAAAAGUAAUCGUAUUUGUUGCGAGUCCGAUGUGGUACGCUAACUUUACUGGUGGUGACCAUUCAAGAUCCACCGGAACGCCUACCGAUACUGUGGCAGGACAUACUUCCAAGUGUGUCUGUCAGUUGAUUGCAUUGACCGCAGUCGUUUACGCAUUGUCUGCUUGUGGAGGAGUGGAUAUUGUGAAGGCCCGAAGGAGAUCUGCAAGCAGUGACUACGAAACGACCGGUGGUAGCUUGCCACCUUUGCCUCUAACCAGCGUAUCCUCAUCGGUAAUCAAUGGUCGAUACGGUCGCAAACAUAAAAGGCUAAUCAGAUCAGCUGCACCUAUCCUAGUACGGUCAGAGCCACACGAGUCAGACAUUUAUAAUGGAGAUGUUGUUGAAGUCAAUCCGGAAGAACUGCUUAAAUCUUCUGAUUCUGAGAACGAUGAGCCUAACGAUUACAAGGAAAAUUCAUACUUUCCUGUUCGAAUAGGGUCUGUAAUUAACGAGCGUUACCAUAUUGUCAAAAAACUAGGUUGGGGUCACUUUUCCAUUGUGUGGUUAGCAUGGGACGUCGUAUCACAUAGUUUUUUGGCACUUAAGGUCGUUAAAUCUGCUGUAGACUACACAGAAAGUGCUUUAGACGAAAUUCGAAUGCUUAAAUGCAUUCAUCGACUCGGAGAUAAAGACAUUAACAGAAUGAGACUAGUUGAAUUAUUCGAUAAUUUUCGGCUAGAUGGUUUAAGAGGUCCACACGUAGUUAUGGUGUUUGAAGCCUUAGGACCAAAUUUGUUAAAGCUUAUAAAAAAGACCAAUUACCAAGGUAUUCCAUUGUACCUGGUUAAACAUAUCAUAAGACAAGUCUUACAAGGUCUCAAAUAUCUUCACGAAACAUGUCAUAUCAUUCACACUGAUAUCAAACCGGAAAACAUUCUAAUAUGUGCGGAUUAUAGUUAUAUCAAAACUAUGGCUGACAAUAGCUAUAAACAAAUGCCCAUUUUAAGUUUACACAACAAAAAGAUUGGAUUUGCUAAUGAUACAGCUGAAAGAUUACAGGGUAUUGAAGAUGACCAACAUUCAGAGCACAUGAACUAUAAUGAUUUAGAAACAGAAAGUUAUAUAGAAUCGAGUUGUUAUUACAGAAAAAUUAGUAAAUUUAAACGUUUAUAUGAAUUAUUAGAUGACUUAGGAAGUCUUAAUAUAAAAAUUGCUGAUCUCGGAAAUUCCUGUUGGGAGAAUAAUCAUUAUACGGAAAACAUUCAAACUCGACAGUAUCGUAGCUUAGAAGUUUUGUUGGGUGCUGGCUAUGGUACACCGGCAGAUAUCUGGAGUACUGCAUGUCUGGCUUUCGAGUUGGCUACAGGAGAUUUUCUAUUCGAUCCACAUUCUGGUACAACUUACAACAAGGAUGAAGAUCACUUAGCUCAUAUAAUUGAAUUGUUGGGAUGUAUACCCAUGUAUGUUAUUCAAAGUGGAAAAAAUUCGGGACAUUUUUUCAAAAGUAACGGUAGUUUGAAACACAUAAGCAAUUUGAAACCAUGGAUUCUUUAUGAUGUGCUUAUUGAAAAGUACGAUUGGGACCCAAAAGAUGCCAAAGCAUUUGCAUCAUUUUUAGUUCCAAUGUUAGACUUGGAUCAAGACAAUCGAGCUUCAGCGACACAAUGCCUUUUACAUCCUUGGAUGUUGGCGUAAAUUUAGCCAAAUUAAAUAAAAUAAUGAAAAUAUUUUAUAGUGUACAACCUUUUUUUAUGUAUUAAUUGUUAUUGUUUUUAUGUAUCAAUCAUGCAUUUCUUACUAUGAUGAUAAUAUAAUAUGUGUACUUAAAAUGUGAAAAA